UGCGCAUGCGCCGUGCUGUCUGCAAUGUAAGACGGGUGUUUGAUAUUCACAAACUUGCGGGAAAGUUUUGGUCAAUUAUGUCAACAGUUAUUAAUAUUCCAUCAUGGAUCGAAGAAAACAAGAAGUUCUUCCUACCGCCAGUGUGCAAUAAAAUGAUGCACCAGAAAGGCCAGAUGAAGGCAUUCUUUGUGGGCGGACCUAACAAUCGUAAGGAUUAUCAUAUAGAAGAGGGAGAAGAGUUUUUCUAUAUGAGGAAAGGAGACAUGUGUCUGAAGGUUGUAGAACAGAAUCAACAUAAAGAUAUACACAUUAAAGAGGGCGAGGUUUUCCUGCUGCCUGCAUUUAUUCCUCAUUCUCCUCAACGUCAGGAAGGGACAAUUGGUCUUGUGCUGGAAAGGGAGAGGGCAGAAGAAGAAAAAGAUGGACUGAGAUACUUUGUGGAUGGAACAUUAGAUUCAUUAUACGAGGAGUGGUUCCAUUGUGAGGAUCUUGGUGCUCAGCUUGGACCUAUCAUCAAGCGCUUCUUCGCCUCUGAACAGUGCAAGACUGGCAAACCAAUACCAGGUACAAUCCCCGAAAACCCGCCGAUAAAAAUAGACACCAAACGCAAACUGGAACCACCAUUCAACUUGAAAGAGUGGAUCACUAAAAACCUGGAGGAAAUCAACAAACAAGGCUACAAGUCACUCUGGAAUGAGGACCAUCAGUUCAGUGUUAGAGUUUACGGUUCUGGAGAGACAACCAUUUCAUCUGAAGUGGCUGAAACCUGGUUGUGCCAACUGGAAGGUACAUCAGAUCUUGCAGUUGGAACAGAAAAAAUGAACAAACUGGAGUUGACAAAAGAUGAUAGCUUUCUGAUACCAGUUAAUGAAAAGUGUGCAUUGAAAUUAGAAGAAGGGUCUUUGUGUCUUGUUUGUGUUCAAGACCCUACCAGGAAGAAAAAACCAGAAGAGUAGUGUGUUAGGUGACUAGAGGUCAAUGCAUGACAUGACCUGAAUAGAGGUCAAGACAUGACAUGACUAAAGGUCAAGACAUUACCUAACUAGAGGUCAAUACUGUACAUUAUAUGACAUGAAUAGAGGUCGAGACAUUACAUGACAUAACUAGAGGUCAAAACAUGACAUGACCAAAGGUCAAAAUAUUCAUGACAUGAUUAGAAGUAAAGACAUGAUAUGACAAGGGGUCAAGACAUUACUAUUGGUCAAGGGUGGUGGUAUUAUACAAACUUUACUCUAUUGUAGUAACACUAAAGAAUAGAAUUCAAUUCAAUUUUAUUUGAGCAUAAUUCAAAACAUUACAAAUAACAAAACAAUGAACAAUAAAAAAAUAAUUUAGUAGAACAUUUACAGCUCAGGAUAACCCAAAAAACCUGAAUCGGUUUAUUUCCAUUGGGGUUCCUUAAAUAAAAGAUAUUACAUAAAAGUUGGUUAAAAAUUAAAACAAACAUUAAAAUUUAUUAAAACCUUUAAAAUUACUAAUGAAAGUAAAACGAAUAAAAGAAAACACCAGUAAUUUAAGAGGCGAGCUAGUCUGGUUAUUCUUAGAGGUUUGUCUAUUUUUACUAUAUUUCUAAUAAAAUUUUUAGUCUGUAUAGUAAGCUUGGAAAAUGGUUUUCUCAACAAUUAACAGACCUAUAAAUAAAUGCAUGGUUGUAUGAUAGGUGUACUUUUGUUAUGUUAAUGAGUCUAUAAGCUUGCUCUCCCAUAUGCUUGGAUGUUUAUUGCAUGAUAGAGCUGGUAUCAUCUUGGGUUAAAGCCUGUGAAUGUAGAGUUAGUGCUACUAAAAUCCAAAAUUUAGUAAUAUAGCAGUGUGUAAAUUCUUUUCUUUUGUCUCCUGAGUACUUGAUUUCUAGCCCACUCCCUAGAGUGGCUCUUAGCCUUGUUUUGGCGAUUUUCCGUAAACAAUAUAUAUUCAUUUUUUAUAUGUACAUUAACUAUUGUACUACAUACUUUGAUUAUUUACUUAAUGGUUUUAUUUAGUUUGCUUUUUAUUUACAUGGUUUAAAUUAACUGUCCUUAUUUUAUAGUGUUUCUGUCGAUUCAAUCUUAUGGAAAAUUUAUCUUAAUAAAUCAAACAACAAUUUAAUGUUUUUAAUUAUUUUUAUUUCUUAUGGAGUUUCAGGUUCUUUAAACAGUUAAUGAAAUUUUUAUGGCUCCAGAAGAAAAGAUUUUGUGAAUUGCAUUUAUAGUGUAUGUUUAAAUAUACAAAUAAUUCAAUUCUAUUUACUAAUUGCAUUUAUAGUGUAUAUUUAAAUAUACAAAUAAUUCAAUUCUAUUUACUUCAUUUUCAUAGGACUUUUUAAAAUAGAUUUAUCAUGUGUACAAUUUUUUAUAUUUCUAUCUUCAAUAAAUUUUUUAUUAAAUGUAUAUGCACAUUACUUAAGCAAUUUUUCAAUAUCAUCUGAAAUAUUUUGAUGCUGUAUUUUAAUAUUAUGUUGGUAUGUAGGGUUACUUACAACAGCAAUGUACCUCUAGUUAAGGGGAAGGUAAAAUAUUUUAUGAGUUUUCUGCAAUAAAAUUUAUACAGAUCUAAUAGA